CUCGGGCGCUUAGCGAGUAACGUCUUGCUUUCCGUGGAGGGAUAAAAAAAUAUUUCAUCGUUAAAAUAAAAUAUUUAAACAAUAUAUAUAUAUCACUCCAACAUCAUCCAAUUGCGAUUAAUAUCGUGAGCUUCAAACUGACGGCCAUUCACUAACGAGAGUAACGUUAAUCGAAAUUUGUGUCGUUUUAUCGUCACGUCGACGAUUAAAAAAAAAACUGUGGCUUUUAGUUAAUUCAACGAACAAAUUCUCAUUCUUGAGAGUGAGAAUAGGAUUGAAACGUGAUAUUGUUUCUGGUUAAUUGUGAUUUAAUGACAAAUGGUAACCGCACGACAAUACUCAACGGUAGUGGCAGUUCUGUACCAGUUUGUGAACAAAUAGGUGAUUAACAACAAUUCCGAAAUCGACGUUUAUUUUAACCUUUGAUCUUCUCUGUGAGUCAAGCCAUCAACGUCACGUAUUACGAGUGUUAUUGCUGUCGGGACAAAGGAAGUGAGACGAACUUUUGUUGGAGUUUUUUUUUUUUCCAUUGGAAAAUCAAGUGCCUGUGGGUUUUAUUUUGUUGAUUUUUUUUUUAUUGGAGCCAACAUGUCCACCGCAGUCAUGAGCACGCCCAUGUUCGAGUGCAGUGAACAUUUGUUCAAGAAUCCUGGCCAGCCAAAAACAAAGGAUUCCAAUCACACUGGCCACACUCCUCUUCGCCGUAGCUACACCUCUCUGGUGACCCUUAUCGAGCAACAUCGUAAACUCGAUAGAAGUGUCAGUGAACCAACAUCUCGCUACAAGACAGAGCUCUGUCGUCCAUUCGAAGAGUCUGGUGCUUGCAAAUACGGUGACAAAUGUCAAUUUGCUCAUGGAUACAGUGAACUUCGCAAUCUAGCACGUCAUCCAAAGUACAAGACCGAAUUGUGUCGUACAUUUCAUACCAUUGGUUUCUGUCCCUAUGGUCCACGCUGUCACUUUAUUCAUAAUUUUGAGGAAGCUAGAAUGCACAAUCAGAAAGUCAGCGCCCAAUUGGGCAGUACCCAGCCAAAUAUAAUGGGCCUGAGUCCACUUUUGAGUGCAAGUGCAGCAGCAGCAAGUAUCAACAUGAAUAUAUCACUUCUUGAGCAGAUAACAGGACCACCAGUUAUGAGCAGUCCACCACCAUUGAUAAGAGCUAAUUCACUGAGCAUAGGUACACAUCAGACAUUUACAAAUCCACCAUUACUCAGGACUACAUCGUUGAGCCUCACAACACCACAAUCUCAUAAUCUUCAUAAUGUUCAUCACAAUUCGGUUAUUGGUGCUGCUAGACCUAAACCAUUGAAUUUGAGUCCAACAUUUUCACUUGGUAGUACAGCUGAUUCUGUAUCACCAUCAUCGAGCCUCAGUCAAUCGCCAACAAAUUCAAUGGCUAGUUUCUUCAGUGAUGAUUGCUCAUCAGCACCAACAACGGCAUUCAGCUUUGGUCAGGACUUUGGAUUAUUGCAAACGAGGCACACACCAAGUCCACCAAGUGGUAACAGCCAAAUUGUUGAUGAUCUUGCACCGAGAACACCAUCACCAUUGUCACCGAAUGCUGAGUCUAGACUUCCUGUUUUCAACAGGAUCAGCAGUGUCAUCGGGGAUUUCGAGGGCCUCAAGAUCUAGGGGGUAUUACUCGAGGAUUUUCAAGGUUGACAGCCUUUCUUUAUUGCUUUUGAUUCUGAACGCAUUCAGCGGCGAUGUUGCAAAACACCGGCGCACUAUUCGGUUCUUUUCUCGAUAACGAGGUAUCCCAGCGAAAAAAGUGACUAGAGCUUUUUUGAAGAUCAGAAAUUUUUCUGUAAAAAAGGUCUUGGCACUUGUUUACGUAGGAUCAAUCGUUUUGAAGAUAAUUUGUAAAUUACUAACACGGCUUUUUGCAAUUUCGCUGGGGAAUUCCAUUUCGUCAUCGUUCGUUUGAUUUUUUUUUUUUUUGUGAAGACAGUGUGACCCGGUAGUUUUAGAAUUAUUAUUUACAUUAAUUUUCAUUUCGUGAUUCAGCGACAAUCACGAGCAGGUGAGACGUUGCAAUAUUCCAAAAUAAAUUCGAAAAGACGAUUAUUGAAAUUACUCGUCUUUUCAUGAGCUAUUUGAAAAUAUCUCAGUUUUUCUUCUUUCAUUUCUUUAAUAUUUCAAAGUGAUAAUUAUAGAGUUGUCCAGCUGUCGAUUGAUUUAUUAUCAAAGAUUUGGUGAUGACGUGUGCGAUAAUAAUGAGCGAAAAUAAUCAUUACUGAGGUUUAGAGUCUAGGGUAGAUUUUACCGGCUAAUUUAGUAACUUUAAUUGUCUUCCAAUGGUUUAGUAAUUUUUUUUUUUGCUUAGUGAGAAUGAAUGUGAUUAAAUUUAUGAGAUGAAAAUAGAAUCGACGCGAUGGAUUUUUAAAAAGACAAGAACUAACUCAGAAGUUAAUUCAUUGGAUAGUUUUUCUUUUACCGAUCUUUUAAAAGCCUUCACUUUUUCAUUUUUCUCUGACAAAUUGGGCUUUUUAAAAAUCAUUAACGCGCAUUCGAGAAAACUUUUGGUUUUCAUGUGAAAAAACGAAGAGCAAAGGAAGUUUCAAAACUCAUUGAAAUAUCACUUUUUCUCGUUGUUAUUUCCCUUUAAUUUAACAAUGAUGAAAUUAAAGGAAAAUGGGAGGAAAAAACAAAAAUGUGAUAUGUAACUAUUUGCAAUAGAAAUAUUUACGAUUAACAGACAUUCUAUUAUUAAUACUUCACUUAAGAACAGAAUUGAAAAAUUUAUUUGUUGAAAAAUCGCGAGCAAAUUUUUUUUUUCUGAAGAUUUUUAAUUUCUUUUCAUUUUCUUUUUUUUUGAGGGAUGGGGGGGGGGGAGAUUGAGAGGAAGAGAACGGCGGAGAUGAUAGGGCUCGGCCCGCUGCUCAUAUUUCUCUCAAUUCUUAUUGAUCACGUCAUCUUUGAUUUCAAUAAUUAUCCUUGUAUUAAAUGUACGACGUGGUACAUGAGACAUUGAGAAAGAAAACCACAAAAAAAAUAAUAAUCGAGAAACAAUAUGAAAAUACAUUUUGUAAAUACAUUUUCCACGAUUAGAGGAGAAAACUAAGAGUUUUUUUUUCGUUUAAUUUAUAACUUGAGAAAUGUUAUUAUAGAUUUAGUUUAUUUUUUAUCAUCAAUUAACUAAUACUGUGUACUACCCUGCGAUACAUAAAUUAAGGGAGAAUUAUUUCAGAAUAAAAUGGGGGAAAAUAUAUAUUUAUCGAGACUCCUGCGUUGCAAUUAAAAAUAAUUAAAUGAUAAAUAAUUUCUUAUUUUGUUUAAUUAGAUAUUUUUUUUCUUUGCUACUUCUCAGUGGUGAAUCAUCUCGUUUUUUUUUUCUAUAAUUAUUAUUUCAAGAGAAAGUAUAAGCCAUGUGAUGUGAUUUAUUUGUGAUUCAGCUGUCUCGAUUUCUUCCAAUUAUUUCAAUUUUCAAUAACGAAAGGAGUAAAACCACCGCCAAUUAACAAUUUCAUCUCUCAUUAUUAUUAUUAUUGAAAUAGUGAAGAGCAAAAUGGCAAAGUCAAUUUAAUCGCCGUCUAUUAACGCCACUAAUUAUCAAUUAACAAUUACGAUUAAUUAAUUGUAACAAGUUUUUUUUUCUAUUAUCUAACGUCUAAUUGUAUACCACUUGUUUUCUACUCUGCACAUCAUGUCUUUGGAUGAUUUUUUUAAAUAAUAUGAAAUGAAAUCCAUCGACAACUGAUUGAAUAGGCUCCAUUUUCCGUCAAUUUUUUUUUUUGUUCAUGAGAAUACAUAAAUAUGAAUGAUUUCAAUUUAGGGCUGUUACCAGCCACAAUUUAAUUAUUAAUCAUCGAAUUUAUCGUCUUUAUCUAUUUAACGAUUAUUUAAUUUUGUAACGCCCAAUAUUAUAUAUUGAUAUAUAUUAUAUAUCCCUUUUGUUUCUCACAAAUAUUUCUUUCAUUGAUCGACAGAAAUGUUCAUUCACUCACUUUCUGGGCUUUUCAGAAGACAAAAUUCACGAAAAUAAGACAAUAUGAGACAUUGAAAUGAAAAAAAAUAAUGAGUAACUAAUUUACAUUGAUAGCAAACCACUGAGUGCCUUCUCGUAGUUUAAAGCAAGAAAAAAAAAUAAUUAAAAAUGUAUAUUUAAUUAGAAAGUGAUGAAGAAUGAUAGCGUGUGAGAGUGAAAAUGCGUCGAAUGGAAGUACAUUUCACGUGAGUUUGAUGUUCAAUAUUGUUCACAAUCACAAGUCCAUUGAAAUAGUCAAAGAAAUUCAACUGAGCUCAUCAAAAUGACGUCUUGAGUAUCUCGCGAACAGUUAAUUUAUUAAAUUUGUCGUAAAAAGCCCAAUCGUAGGGGAUAAACAAUUAUUUUCAAUGAAAAAUUAAUUUCAAUGUGACGUUAACAGUUGAGGGCAAAGAGAGAGAUAUUUUUUUUUUACUAUUCAAUUCUCAUUUCAUUGCAUGCACGAUCGAUUCGUUAAAUUUUUAUUAUUUUGUUUUUAUAAUUAGUACUCGGCGAGAGCGCUGUUGCCCCGGCUGUUUGACUUUCAUGAUUGAGAGUUAUGUUUUUUUUUUUGUUGUAGAAAAAAUCAGCUUCAAUUAUUUUUAAUUCCGUCGAUUAUUAUAUUUUUCAUGUCGAGAGAAACUCGAGACGUCAGAUACAAAAAUAAAUACCAUUUCCUCCCCUCUCUACCAAUUAUCCCUGAUCACCCACGUUAUAGACUUGACCACUAUAAUAAUUAAUGAUGAGUAAUAUUACGGUUAUGUGUACGUCUCCUUUUUUUAAUUUAAUAUAUUUAUUUUUUCAAUCGUAUUUAUAUAUUUAUACAAUAUUUUAUACCGCGUUUCAUCAUUAAUGAAAAAGAAUUAUAAAAAAAAAUGGAAAGAUAAUACGUGAAAAUACGACUCAAGAAUUAUAUCACGAGGAUGAAGAUGAAGGAAAAUGUAAUUAACAAGUUUUGUACGAAUGUAAGUGUGCAAAGUUUGAAGGUCGAUCUCCUGGCUUACAGAAUAAAGACAGAAAUAUAUAAAAUAAAAUGCGAAAAUAAAUAAAGUUUAAAAUAUCA